AUGCCUUCCAAUACAGCAGCGUGGCUGACUGCAGCUAAGAGCAAUCCGCUCGAGGUCAAAACCGCUGCCUAUACUUCACCAGGAGACCAUGAGAUCGUCAUCAAGAAUGGAGCUCUGGCGGUCAAUCCAAUUGACUGGAAGAUACAAGACUAUGCUUUCUUCCCUCUGAAAUACCCCACAAUCCUUGGGCAGGACGUUGCAGGCACGGUCGUGGAAGUGGGCAGUGCUGUCUCUCGAUUCAGUAAAGGCGAUCGAGUGCUAGGUCAUGCUCUUAGUUUGGCCAACCAGAAGCCCAGCGACGGCGGUUUCCAAGAAUAUACAAUUGUUCUAGAUAACCUGGCAUCGCAAAUUCCUAGCACCUUGCCCUUCGAGAACGCCACUGUCCUACCUUUGGGCCUAUCAACUGCCGCUGCAGGCCUGUUCCCGAAAGAGUAUCUAGCGCUCCAGCACCCUUCCUUGGACCCAAAGCCUACUGGGCAGACAUUGCUUGUCUGGGGAGGAGCGUCAUCUGUUGGAAGCAAUGCAAUUCAGCUUGCGGUUGCAGCCGGUUACGAGGUUGUGACUACGGCCUCGCCGAACAACUUCGAUUACACCAAGAAGCUCGGAGCCAGCCAGGUGUUCGACUACCACAGUAAGAGCGUUGUCGCAGAUCUAGUAGAAGCACUGAAGGGGAAAACAGUCGUCGGGGUUCUUGACGCUAUUGGCGCCAACGGUGCAAUUCAGAACUCCCUCGAUAUUCUGGCUCAAGUGGAGGGUAACAAAGUCGUGGCUACGGUCUUGCAACCACCGGAGAAUAUUCCAACAGGAACCAGCGCCAAAUGGAUCCAAGCCUUCGCCAUCAAAGACAACGGGGUUGGCAAAGCUGUUUAUGAGGACUUCCUCCCGCGCGCACUUGCUGGUGGGAAUUAUGUGGCUGCUCCUGAGCCGUACAUCGUGGGGAAAGGGCUGGAGAAUGUGCAAGCUGGAAUAGAAACUCAGAAAAAGGGUGUGUCUGCUAAGAAAGUGGUCAUAACUCUGUGA